UACGCGUGGACACGCACAUGCGACGAUGCUUCAGAGCACAAAGAGGUAUUGGGGAGAGUACGUUUCUGCGGAUUCAGCAAGUUCUCUCUCUCUUUGUCAACUCCACCAGUUGGCAAGAGAGAGGGCAGCUCUUAGGAAGCCUUCUAGGGAGGAUAAUAGUGUUGCCGUGGAUGUGAAGGAAGAAUUACCAAUGGUGACACAGGCUGUGUCGGGUAUGACCUCAGCAGCCGUGCACCACAAGCUGCCAGACUGGAUCUCCAGUCCUCGACUUGUGUCUGCUGACAUUGCCGAUGAUUCAGCGCCUCUCGACUCCCUUGCUUUGCCAGACGUGGUGUCUGGCAACCUACGAGACAUGGGCUGCUCCACCUUCUUCCCAGUUCAGCUGGAUGUUCUCUCUUACCUCACUGCUCCCUCCUCCCCUCUUCCUCCGCGUGAUGUCCUUGUCUCUGCUCCCACUGGAUGUGGGAAGACACUUUGCUAUGUGGUUCCUAUAGUAACAGCUCUCCUUGACUGCGUAGUACGCCAGGUGAGGUGUGUUGUUGUGGUACCUUCACGGCCACUGGCGAAGCAGGUGUUAUCAGUAUUUCGUCAGGUGACUGCCCACACAAGAGUUCAGUGUGGCCUGCUUUGUGGAGACUCUCUGGUGGAAAAGGAAGCUACACUCCUGGGAAACACCUCCUUCCCUGCCUCUAGUAACGUUGACGUCGUCAUAGCAACUCCGGGAAGGCUGGCUGAGCACUUGUCAAGAGGUUCGUUUGUGUCUCUGCAGUUCCUGAGAUACCUUGUGAUUGACGAAGCAGACAAACUGCUGAGCCAGCAGAUCUAUUCUUGGCUACCCUUGUUGCUGUUGAAAGCCACAACCACUUCACAGUCUGAAGCCACACCUACCUCAUUAAAUAGCCCCAGUACUUGGCUGAGGAACAUAAAUGAACGUAUCUCCUGUCCUUCCUCUUCUCCCUCCAUCUCUCCCUGCAUAUCUGGGACCAGCUUCAAAUGUGCUCGUCAGCUGUCUUCGCCACAGAGACAAGGACACGUUCAGAAGCUGUUGCUAUCAGCAACGAUGACUCAAGACCCGGAGGCCCUAGCAAUGCUCAAACUCCACAGACCACUACUCUUCUCUGUGGCUGUGCCCCAUGCCGGCAGAGAAACCAUAAGCCUAGCACCACCUCCCUCCCUACAAGAGUUUGCAGUCACCUGCAUGCCCAGUCUAAAACCACUAGUGUUGGUCUUCCUCCUAUCACGAGAGCUAGGAAUAUCCAACCACACCUCUAGCUCCUCCCCCCAGCAAUCAGCGACUGCCUCAAGACAUGUCUUGUGUUUCACAAACUCAAGAGACACUGCUGGCAGGUUGAAAGUGGUGUUGGAGCACUUCGAUCUGUUCAGGGUUGCUGUGGUGACCAGUGAGACAUCAGCUGGAGAGAGAAGACGGGCUCUGAGGCAGUUUGCCAUGGGAGAGGUCAAGGUUAUGGUGUGUUCUGACUCUCUGGCCAGAGGAAUGGACCUCCCCGUCUGCAGUUGUGUCGUCAGCUACGAGUCUCCCUCUCUCUACCGCUCUUACCUCCACCGCGUGGGGCGCACCGCUCGCGCUGGCUCCGCAGGCCGCGCCUUCUCCCUCUUGUCCAGCGGGGAGGAAGUGACGGAGUUUCGCCGAAUGCUGCGAGUGGCUCGUCGGCCCAGAAUUGGGGAAGAAGACGUUCCGUCGGAACUUCUCGCCCCACUGCGCGGCCAGUACGAACUAGCUCUAGCAGCGCUGAGAGACUCCGUUUCUUGUCGGUAAACAUCCUCACAUUAGCAUUUUGCUGAUUGCGCACAUUAUUUUCACUCUGCUGACGUAGUCGCGAUCUCGAUGGCAGCGGUAGAUGUUGUGCGUAACUUUCCGGCGGUAGUACCGCCAGUGAAAGAAGAAGAUGAGGAAGAAGAGAAAGAGGCCGUGUGGCUGAAGGAGAUAGAAGAGGUUGCGGUGCAGUACGUGUCUCUUAUCCUGGAGGCCGACGGACGGGGGGAAAUGGGAGGAGGAAAGUCACCGGCCUCGCUUCUCUCUACUGUCACUCCGUUGAGUGAUGGACAGUCGCCAGCUCUCUCCAGCAAUGCUCCUGAGAUUGCCAGAAAGCUAAGAGACAUUGGAGACCAGUUGGAUGCCAGAGUGAAGAAAGAGAUAGUACAAGCUACAUCUGCUCUUCUGGAUCGAAGAUCUGUGUUUCAGGUGGGUACAGAUCAGUUUAACAGACUGUGUUCUGGAGUUCUCAGUGACUGUUCAUCAAUGCUGCGCAGUGGCUGGCAACAAGUAUAUAAGCGUUACUGGCUGUGUUUCAUAUAGUGUGUGUGUGUGUGUGUUUCUCUGCAGGUCGGUGCAGUGUACAUGACAUUAGGCCAGCUCACAAGAAGUGCCCAACCAUCUGCUGAGUCAGCAGUUGUAGCUAGUCGACUCAGCCACUUUACCAGUGAGUACAUGGCAGAGGUUGGUCUUGACACAUGGUUACAAGAGAAUGGUGGAAUGACAGCUGUCCUGAAUGAAAUGGUGACGCGGACAAGUGGAGAACCAGUGAAUAUUUUACCUCCAGAACUGUGAAAAGAACAUCAAUAUACACCAGAGAAUCUGCGCAUGACAAUAUUAUAAUGAUGAUGACAUUAUAUAAUAAUGAUGAAGUUUGGGGCUAAAGGGAUGUUUGGACAACACCCAGCAGGUCGUCAAACUGAGCGAGAGCUCGUGACAUCUGGUCAGUCACCUCUUGCAGUGAGGCUUCAACUGAGUCAGAGUGUGUGUGGCUGGCAGGCCGAGGGAGCACCUCAUUGGUGGCUGACAGAGAAACAGAUGGUGCACCACUGGUGGUGUGUGAGAGAAAUGGCUCUACAUUAGUGGUUGAGGGAGGGAAACUUGGCCUAUAAGUGUUUCCAAAUGGUCCGUUUGUUAGUGUGGUUGUUACGGGAACCUGUGUGGCAGUAAGGACUGGUCUAGUCCGUGCAGCCACAGCAGAAUUUGGCAUGACCAUAUCCAGAGGAGUUGGAGGGAGUGGUCUGUUGCGAAUGGUCUUGUCAGAGACAGAGUGCUGGAGGGACUUGGGUGGAGCCUUCUGAGACGACUGCUGGACAGGAGGUGCCAAGAUGUCUGAGCUCCCAUGCUUAAGUUGUGGGAAUGAUUGGUCCUGCGCAAACUGUCCUGUUGAUGCUCUUCUGAUAGGAGCUGGGUUGACUGUAGCCACACCCACUUCAGGCAUUCCCUGAUUGGCUGGCAUUUGAACAAUGAGACGACCGUCUGUAGUCCAGCCGACAAUGUCACUGGACUCUAUGGCAAGAUGCUGCACCUGCGCCCUUGCCUCAUGCACUGGGCUCUGGUGCAGAGCUGUUUCUGAGCUGGUGGUGACAUUUGCCCUGGUGGGUGGGGCCUGGUUGUAAUUGAUCGGCCGAUGUUCCUUCAUUGUGUGUCUUCUUUCGAUGUUGCGUGUAGAUUGUGGGUGUGGUUCCGGGGUGGAGUAGGACUGGCCACUGGGGAUAUCUCCUGUAGAGAUAAGAUGUGUGGGGUGGCAGCACCAGUGUUGGCAGUAACUUGAGAGGCUGGGCAGUCACCACAAUAGCAAGUGGUGUAGCAAAGCAUGAAUAUUCUUUAGGUGCCAGUUAACUAGUCUGUCUGCACUAAGGGUGAGUGUACCUGAGGACUGUG